UGAAAAGUUGUGUGCAUAAACUCACCGCAAGAAUGCAGGGCGUCAGGCAAAGGGAGUGCGCACGCAAACAGAAGGGCCUUUCUUACAGAAGGAAAGGGGGGAGUGUCACACACACAGCUAAGUGAAGGAGGGAGAGAGAGAGAGAGAGGGAGGAAGGGGGAGAAACAGAGAGGGGUGAGAGGGCUGCUCCAACAGAGUAAGCAGGUCCAGGUGAAAUGGAGAAGGCAGAGAAUACUCCACUCUCUCAGUCCGGGGAACGGAUCUAAGCCAGAAUCAGCAAGAACUUAAAGUACACACUGAAAUGCCCUCAUUCCAACCAGGUUUCCCAGACUCUGAAGAGAGGGGAUUAAAAUAGAGCAAGGAGGGGCCCCGAGAGAGCGCGAUCCUGAGGGGAAUCCGUCGCAUCUGAACGGGCCAUCUGCCUCCGCCGAUGCCCCCCGACCUUCCGGGCCCGCCAUCGGAAACGCCCGCCCCACAUCUCUCAGAAGAACCCCACCGUAAAAACGGCCCCUUCAGCUACCAGGGGGGAGGGGCAGACGCGUGUUUGCUGAAACACUUAACAGAUCCUCACAGCUUCAAGGGGCUUACCGGGAAACCUCCCAGCCCCAGCCUUUUCCUGCACGAGAUACCACCCUUCUGUUGGACAUCCUGUCGAAAAAAACAAAGUAUCGACGCUCGAAGUCUAAAUAAAAAAAACGAAGAGAAGUCAGCAUUAACGAUCAAGUGACCCGCACAAAUAUUUGCUGGUGGCGAUACUCGUUUUAUGUUUGGUUGUCUUGGAGACACCCGAGUACCUCGCCCCACAGGCUCCGCGUUCAGGAAACAGGCCCUGGCUCUGUCCAUGUAUGACCUCUAGGGGGAGCUGUGAGCAGUCACGCUGAGUCAUGAAGGAGGAGGUGCAGCACUUCUUCAACGUCACGUGGGGCUUCGUGGUGUCCAAGCACGACCUGGGCCUUUACAACACGGUGUGCCUGGUGGUGCUCCUGGCGCUGCCGCUGGUGGUCCUCCUGACCUCCCUGAUCGUGUGCUGCCACUGUUGCUGCUGUCGCCACGGCGGCGGCUGCUGCUGCUGCUGCCGUGGCGACCCCACCGGUAGCGCCAAACCCAACAAAAAGAAAAAGAAGGACAAGAGCCCCCAAAAUGAGGACCUGUGGAUCUCGGUCAAACCGGGACCCAUGACCCCGGACAGAAUGGCUCUGACCAUGGUGUAGCAGGGCAAGGCCUGAUCUAGACUGCUCUGUUUUAUCUAUUUAUAUCUGUUGCUUUUUUUUACUGCAUGGUACAUUUGAGGGUACGGACCUGUAGCCACAGUGCUAGCACAUUAUCCUCAGGGAGGAGACCCUGAAUGAGUUUGAAUGGGAAUCACCACAGUCGGCAUGGAAGUCUUUGGGAUACAGAUUGUGCGGUUAGUACAAGGCAAUGUGCAUGUGUGUGUGUGUGUGUGUAUGUGUGUGAGAGAGAGAAAGAGAGAGAGAAAGAGAAGGAGAGAGGACAUGCACAUAGGUGUGUAUGUAUGUAUGCACCUAUAUGUGGGGAAAAGGUAGCUUAAGACCUUGAGACAAUGAUGUUGGGAUGUGUUCAAGGAAUGCCAUAUAUGUGCUUAGUGCUUAAAUGCUUGGUGGUGACUUAGAGAAAGCGAUCGUCUCAAAACGGGUCAACCGGGCUUGAUCCACACUUCACACUCGCAGCACUUGUACAUUUAAAGCCCAUCCUGAGAAAUACGUGUGCUCAAAAGACAGAGUAGAUUUUGUCAAACGUUUUUGUCAUGCUCAGUAUUAACGGACGCCCACAGUAUUUAUAAGCAGCUGUCGCAGAACCUUGUUUAUAACUCAAAGCGAGCCGUUGUCUGUUCCAAAAGGAAACGCGGGGGCUUGUAAAAUAAUUUUAACGUUAGAGCCGCUUGAGUUGACUUCACGACAGCGUCGCAUGUCGCAUUUCUAUCCCGGAACUCUUUCGUGUUCGUCAUUCCGGGAGCAGCGCGGAACAGAAAGGAGUUCGGCUCGUUGCGCUAGGAGCCGUAUGUGGCCGGCAGCUCCAUGAGGCAUUUCAGGUUCCACAGCGGGGCAGGCGAUGAGAGCGCUGAUGCACGUACGUGAUCCUCCUGCAGUAGCCCCCCCCCUCCUCCCCCCCUCCCCUUACUUACAGGGAAGCACAGAAGCACAGCAUUCAGGGGACCACCUAAAAGAGAUGCCUUUUAUCCGUUCAUCCACCUGCGCCAGAUGUCCUUCACACAUAAUCUGGAAUGCUGGCAUUACCUUUUACUAAUUAAGUAAAGUUUGCAUCACAUGACCGACCUUUAUCGCUUGGUUCACCCUCCUUCCACCCCCAGCCCCCCUUUUCUCCACCACUGUGUCAGUACAACCGAUUGUUUGCACUGGUCCCACUUUAAGGCUCUUCCUGCAUAGAAUGGUUUCACUGUCUGACAAACCCCACCGGACGAAUGGCUGAAAUUUUGCAGUAUUUAAACAGCACCCUGUCUUUUUCUUCUUUUUUUUGUGAACCAAAUGCAAAAAAUUCAGGUUAAAAACAAAAGAGACCUUUUCAGUCAGCCACUGUAAAUAUUCAAUAUUAAAUAUUGUAAAAUAAAAAUGCACUGAUAUUGUUUUUUUUAAUCGUUCCUGUCUCAGAGAAGGGGGGGUGGGGGGGGUAGAGGGAGGAGCUUAUCCUCGAUGGUCUCACUGUGCUUCAUUGGGGUCAGAAGAGCAGCCAGCCUGUUUGAACAGCAGAGCUGUGAAAUUCUAUGUCCCACUAACAUUCCGGUCAUCCGAGCCAGAGACACUUUUUAUGCUUGAAAAGGUUUUUUUUUUUGUUUUGUUUUGUUUUCAGUGUCCUUUGUCCCAAACCAAAUGCUGGAAGCGAUCACGUUCCAGGUCAAUAACCGUGGGCCACGCGUUAACGUUUCGUUUUUCAUGGUCAUUGUUGUGAAAGUUAUGCGCAGAAGACCUGAGAGUUUUACAAAAGAAGGGAAAAAGAUAUUUUUCUAAAUUUACUAUUUAUUUUAUUUUGCUUUAUUUCGUUGUUUUGGGGGUUGAGGUUAAUUUAAUCCAUUUGAACCUUUAGAAUAAAAUUGAAAACAACUGUUGAAA